UGCCCUCUCUCUUUAGGGAGGAGAUCACCUUGAACCAGUCGAAAGAGCAACCGCUUCCGUCGGUCAAUGUCCUGUGGGUACAACGACUAGGGCACGCGCCCCUCCCCCUUGGCGACACUCGAUCGGUUGCGGCGAUGUACAACGUCUCCAGCGACGGAAAAGGCGGGGCGCGCCCAAGAAGAUCCCCGCCGCGUCCUCCAUGCCCUGGGUCCGGAAUCUCCGCCGGUACGUCGGAUCCGGCACCGGCACCGGCUCCGAGGCCCUUAUGGAGCUUGAAACAAAAAGGAUUUUGCUUGAGAUUUUCAAGGAACGACAACAGAGAAAUGUUCAAGCUGGCUCAGUCCCUAGCUACUACAAGAAGCAAUGUCAAUUGGAUAGUUUUUUGUGGUCUCCUAUGCAGUUCUAUCAAUAUAUUCAAGAAUGUGCAGACGAGCAUUCAGACAUGCUUGCUGAAAGAUGUUUCUUUUGCUUGAAAGUUGCUUUACGUGUGCUUUGUGUUCCUUACAUACAAAUAUAAUUUCUUUUCAUACAAUCUUUUCAGAUCUGUUUCCAUAAUAUAUUGCUUUGUGAAGCAGAAGCCUGAAGAAGGAUCAAUCAGUCAUAGGGUUCAAAGAUUGGCGAAGCACCGGUUUAUGAAGAAGCAGUCCGUACUUUUACUAAAUGCUGAUGAUCUAGAUGCAAUAUGGGUUCGCUUGAGGGAAAAUUGUGUUAUUGAUGAUUCUACUGGAGAUGAAAAGAUGAACUAUGAAGAUUUCUGUCAGAUUGCCUCUAUUUGCAUGGAGCCAAUUGGUCCAAAAUGUUGAUGAUUUUUUAGCCCUUCAAACUUUAUGAAGUUUGAAAAGGACGAAUCUGGAAGAACAACCCUACCUUUCUAUCUUUAUGUGAUGCGAACAGUAUUAUCCAUUUUUUUACUGUUGAACUUUUUUUUUUUAAUACUGACUGAAUUUUGAAUUUUUUGAUGGAGUUAAAUGCCUGUCCUAUGCAUGUUUGAUAUGUGAUCAGAUUGGUAAAGUACCAAUAUAAUAGGCAGUAUGCCUGCAUAUAUUGCCUGAUAUCACUGGAAAAAAUAAUGAAAAUUGGAUAUUGGGGGUACCAAAUUAUUGUACCUGUUGCUGGUGCUUAGUUGGACCAAUAAACUCUGGGUGGUUAUCUUGGUCUGGUCAGUAUCAUAAACCAUGAUGGGAAUUUUCAACAUUUUUGUUGGUAGUAGUGAUUUUCCAACAUUGUUGUUGGUAGUUAUGAGUUACAGUCCAAAAUAUUUCUUCCAGUUUCAUUAAGAAGGUUGUAAUAUAAAUCCUAUAAAAUUUGGUAUAUGAUAUUUUCUCUUAUUACAAGCUUCAAUCUUUCUAUUGGUUCUGACAGAGGAAUGCUGUCUUGUGCUGAGUGGCCAUAUCGGUCAUGGGUUGGACUGAUACAUACCUGUUGGUAGCGGUGUACCAUAUGUCGGUACGCUGGUGUUAUGGAAAAAAGCAUAAAAAAAGGGCCCAAAAUUAAAAAAACCAUAGUUUAUGGUUUUCCCCCCUAAUUGCUUGGUACAUAAGUGAUAUUUAGAUUAUAAUAAAGUGUUUCUAACCAUAAAUAAAUAAAAAUUCUUGGUUAUAAUGAUGAAAACUUGAGUCAGAGAGAAUGAGAGUGAGUGAGAAGGGGGAGGCAGGAGGGUUUAAAGGGUCAAAAUAGGGCCAUUUGUCAAUUUGACCAUAUGGACCUGGUUUGACCUGAGAGGAGAUCAGUACCAUGAUUCCUAACAGAACUUUGGGACUAACUAUAUCACCUAUUAUUCAUCUUUUACUACUGACACAAAUAAUAAAAAAGGCAUAGUUAGAAAAUUUAAUAGCUUAGUAUUUGAUGCAUGACUUGGUAAUUGUUUCUUAAUAAAGCAUUUGCAAUAGUAGUUGUCAAAUCUAUAUCAUGAAAUUAUUGCUGAUAUCAUAUGAAACUGUUGUAUUUUUAUGUAGAAAGCUUAUUGACAUCAACCAAAAUGCUUUAUUUCUAAAUUAUCAUGGUUUUUCAUGUUCAUUUAUCUUGCUGACUGUAGUAAAAGAAAUAUUUAAUGAAUAUUAAACCAUUUAAUAUUAAAUAUUCAACUUUUCAGAUCUGGUAUUCUUUCUUUCUUUAUCCAGGGAUUUCUGCAAAAAACUAGUGAUGAAAUUGAACAUUAUAUGUCUUGCCAAAUCAGCAUAGUGUGCACAUCAUUUUCAACCUUCAAAUGACUGACAUGCAUUUAUGCUUAUACAUUAUGAUUGAUUUCAUAAAAUAAAGGAAGAUAUCCAAAAUAGUUCUAAUUACAGAGGAACUAAGAUCAUGUCACCCCACCCUAUGAAUUUUUAGGCAAGAGCGAUUGAAGGUAGGAUUGGAUGUCAACAAAUAUUUUGGAAAACAAUAUGGUUUUAGACUUAUGGUUUUUAUUGAUUUAGAAAAAAAUUAAGAGAGUCUUAGAGAUUUAUUAUUGUUUCUUUUGGAAAAGAAAUAUAUGUCCACUAACUAUAUUGAUGUUAUAAGAUAUAUGUAUGAGAGUAUAUUCAUUAGUGUUAGAACUUUAGGAGUGUGUAUAAGAUUACAUUAAGGAUCAUCUUUAAGUUCUUAUCUUUUUAUAUUAGUAAUGGGCAAAUUUAUUAGUCAUAUAUAGGGUAUAUGAAGAUGUCAUUUUCGUUGAUGAUAGCUUAAAUGAAAUUAUAAAUUUUGAGUUAUUGAGACAAACUUUAUAAACUAAAAAUUUUAAAUUAUGACUAAGACAGAAUAUAUGAGACGUAAAUUUAGUAAUAUAAGAGAAGAAGACAUAAAUAAGUUGGAUCGAUAACAAGCUCCAAUAAGUAAAAUUUUUCAUAUUUUGUAUUGGUUAUUCAACAAGAUGGAGAAAUUGAUGAAAAUAUUAUUCAUAGAGGAAAAAUCAGGUAGUUCAAAUAGAAAGAGAGAUCAAAAGUUUUGUGUGAUCAUAACAGGUUAAAAUGAAAUCUAAAUGAAGUUAUUAGACCAUUGAUGCAUUAUGGAUAUGUGUUAGGCAGUUAAGAAACAAUAUAUAAGAAGUUGGUAUCUUUGAGACGAGAAUGUGAGUUAUUAUAGGAGAUAAAAAAGGAACAGUUUUGUCUGUAUCUAUUGAGUUAUAGAUGUCUGUUAGUGGUGUGAGGAAAAGAUAGAGGGAGAUCUAAUAAAAUGUUACUAGAAAAUUUAGAUAAAUAUUUAACAGUUCUUAAUUUAGCUUUGUGCAGACUCAAUGACGGCAAAAGACCCUGUGGCCGACCCCAAAUGAUUGAGGUAUUACGGGUUGUUGGCUGUUAGUACUAUGAUCUAAUUGAGCUUUGUUGGCAGUGGAUUUUGUUUGAUGAAAAUGAGAAAUUUCUAGAUGAAUAUGGUGUUCAUUUUCAUGUGAUGGUAAGGAUCACCAGCUCGUUUUUUUAACUUGACUACACUAGGCAUCUUAAGAUUGCAGCAUAAUCUGGAGGUUAUCUUUUCAUAAUAUUACAAGUCCUAUUUGUAUGACUUUUUAACCCAUAAACAAAACACUUCUCAUGCCUUUUGUUGUAUGUUCUCUUUGAAGAAAUUUAUAUAAAAUUUUCAUAGAUGAUAAGUGGUCCUGAUGAAUGUCAUAACCAGCGUCUGUUGAUGGUUGUAUUUCCUUCAAGUGUUCUCUACUAAUGCAAGUUAUUUAAGCUGUAGUGCAACUGGUAAUGGAAUGAGUAAGGGGUAUCUAUGGCUACUUGCAAUGCAAUUUUUUUAUAAUUAGUAUUUUUUGGAGUUCCGCUGGAUAUUUAUUCUGGUUAAGGAUGCAGCACUUGAGAGAUAUAUUCUCUUAAGAUUUCACUGACUGUAUGACUACUGCACAGAUAUGUUUCUUGCACUAGAUAAAGACCAUAAUGGAACAAUAAGCAAGCAGGAUCUCAAAGAAUAUGCAGAUGGGACACUGACAGAAAUCUUUAUUGAGAGAGUUUUUGAUGAGCAUGUACGUUGGAGUAAAACUGGAGGGGGUAAUGCUCGUGAAAUGGACUUUGAAAGCUUUCUGGAUUUUGUUUUGGCCCUGGAAAACAAAGUCACUCCUGAAGGAUUAACAUACAUAUUCAAAUCUCUUGAUCUCCAAGGACGAGGCUAUCUUACAACAGCAGAAAUUUAUACCCUCUUCAGAGAUGUGCAUCAAAAGUGGAUUGAGGGCGGUCACUAUGAUCUGUGUAUCGAAGAUGUAAGAGAUGAAAUCUGGGAUAUGGUCAAACCAGUGGACCCUCUUAGGAUCACACUUGCUGAUCUUCUUGCCUGCAAGCAAGGUGGUACAGUUGCUGGCAUGUUUAUGGAUGUAUGUGGUUUCUGGGCCCAUGACAACAGGGAAAACCUACUGCAGGAAGAGGAAGAACUAGAGGAAGAGUGAUUUGCUUGAAGCAUAUCUGGGCUAACUAGUUGAACUGGCAUAUUCUAAUAUCUAAAUUUUAAUGAAGAGCCAAUUGUUAAUCACUGCUCUUCUUGAAAAUAUUUGUUUUCAUAGUGGUUUCUGACUUCAUAUUCCUGCAGAAGCAUUACCGAGUGGAAACUGCUGCUCGCUGUCGUGUGUUUUCCUCAUAUACAGAAAACAACAAAAAACAAAAAGAUAACAGUGUGUCAGACAUUUGGCUGUUGUGAAAAAAAUAUGCUCCUGUUUCUCUUUUU